ACCCCCUUCUCCUCUUUUUCACACUGCUGAGGAAACCUACAAUCGCACGGGCUGAGCUUUCCUGCCGAAGACUGUCGUUUUUCCUUUUUCUUUUUUUUUCUUUUCGUUUGGAAACUGACAUUUGCGAUUCUCGAGCCACGCCACGGCGUAAUAUCUGCAAGACGGCCUGAAGACCUGCGAAUUGAAGGACCUAGAUCACUAUCAUCUUUGUACAUCAAGAAUGGUUACUAUAAUUAGCACCAUGGAAACUCAGGUGUCCAAUGGUCCGAGCGGAACCAGCCUGCCUAACGGCCCUGUCAUUAGCACUAAUGGCGCCACAGACGACAGCAAAACCAACCUGAUCGUCAACUACCUGCCUCAAAACAUGACCCAGGAGGAGUUCAAGAGCCUUUUCGGCAGUAUCGGAGAAAUCGAGUCCUGCAAAUUAGUCAGAGACAAGAUUACAGGCCAGAGUUUGGGCUAUGGCUUCGUAAACUAUGUGGAUCCUAACGAUGCCGACAAGGCCAUCAACACGCUUAACGGUCUCAAACUGCAGACCAAAACAAUCAAGGUGUCCUAUGCCAGACCAAGCUCAGCUUCUAUACGCGAUGCCAACCUGUACGUGAGCGGGCUGCCCAAAUCCAUGAGUCAGAAAGACAUGGAGCAGUUGUUUUCCCAGUAUGGAAGGAUCAUCACCUCACGCAUCCUGGUAGACCAGGUCACAGCAGGUAUAUCGCGCGGAGUAGGCUUCAUUCGGUUCGACAAAAGAAAUGAGGCCGAGGAAGCCAUCAAAGGCCUGAAUGGUCAAAAGCCGCUGGGCGCCGCCGAGCCCAUCACCGUGAAGUUCGCCAACAACCCCAGUCAGAAGACGGGACAGGCCUUGCUUACCCAGCUUUACCAGACAGCUGCUCGCCGCUUCACAGGCCCUCUGCACCACCAGACUCAGCGCUUCAGACUCGACAAUUUACUAAACGCCAGCUACGGAGUCAAGAGCUCUCCUUCUUUCCUCCCCAGAUUCUCCCCUAUAACCAUUGACAGCAUGACCAGUCUAGCCGGCGUCAACUUGACCGGACCCACCGGAGCCGGCUGGUGCAUCUUCGUCUACAACCUGUCCCCAGAAGCCGACGAAAGCGUCCUGUGGCAGCUCUUCGGGCCAUUUGGCGCCGUCACAAACGUCAAGGUCAUCCGUGACUUCACCACCAACAAAUGUAAGGGCUUUGGCUUUGUCACCAUGACCAACUACGACGAGGCAGCCAUGGCUAUCGCCAGCCUCAACGGCUACCGCCUGGGCGACCGCGUGCUGCAGGUCUCUUUCAAGACCAGCAAGCAGCACAAGGCUUGAAGGAAGGCCUAGUCACUACUGCUCUUUAACAUGCAGGGGGAGCUACUGAGCUCCCUGUACAUUCACUCUACAUGGGCCUGGACUGAGUCUCUCUCUAACACACAUUCGACACACACACACACACACACGUUUAGUUGUUUUGAGCAAAAAUACACGAGUAGAGUCAUUUUUCUUUUCUCUUUACACAACAUGCUAGUCCUUCCUAACAUUUGCCUGCAUUGAAUUAGCAGAGUUGUGAGGCGGGGCUGGGCUGGGGAAAUCCAUGAGGAGGGACAGUCUAAUGAAUGUGACAGAGAAUGUCUGCAGAGAUUUAAUUUAAUUCAAGCAAAGAAAGAGAACUGGUCAAUGAAAGGAAAAAAAGUAAAUCAAAUAUGUGCAAUUUACCUAAAAAUCUUGCCCUGGUAACUCUCCUGUCUGGCUUCAGAGGAUGUAGUCACUUUUUUACACUUGGGCAUUUUGAAUCAGUGAUUUUUUAAAAAGAAAAAUUAUUAAAACAGUGUUCUCGUAUAUAUAUUAUGAUAUAACUAUAUAUUCAACAUUUAAAGUGGUUAUAAUAGCCAAAUAUGUAAGCAUUUUCUAGAACUUUGAUUACGGUUUCCUGGCUCUACAUUUGGUUGCAACCUUGCCUUAUGGCACCACACACACCUUACUUGAGAUCUAACCCAACAGCCACUGAACAAACUGUGUGGAUGGUAGUCACAAAUCGAGAGGUCACCCGGGGGCCAUCACUUCAGCACACUGAAAGACAACAUUCAUCACAGAGACACUCGCACAUACAUGCACAUGCACAUACGCACCUCCACCGGAGGGCAUAGCAAAACAUCACAAAACAUGGCAACCUAGAAUCUCCUCAUAUCUUUCCACUCUGAGUUUUAUAUAGUUAGAAUUUAGAAUCAAUUCCACCACAUGCAGUUGUCUGUGUAACUAGGGGCAUUUCGACAGUGUUCCCAUGGUGAUGGCAUUUGGAAUUCUUUUGAAAGUCUUUCAAACCAAUUACGAAGGCCGACUGCAAAAUCCAGAACCAUAUUAGAUCAUUUUAAAGAGGUUUGAAUGGCUCGGGAAUAGGAAAGGCUGUGUGUCAGCUCUUUGAGCUGCCCAUUUUAUAGUGAAUGAGCUGUUAUGAAGGUCAGGGGCCACUGGGAUUGGUCGUCCUUGGUCUUCAUAACUUCUUAGAUACAUUUAGCUCCAUUCACUAAACAGAAUUGCAUUAUAAUUCGUUGUCCCAAACAGGUUUUAGCAGCCCCUACAUAUCUAAACAACUACAUAUCAAGCAAAAAAAAAAAUAAUAAUAAUUUUGUGUACUCAUGGCCCUUUAAAGCAAGUCGCAGCCCCAUGAGCUACACAAAAAUUCAUCUUUUUUUUUUUAAAUACUCAUCUCAUAAAUUAAAAAUUCCCUAGAUACAAGACAAUGCCCAAGCUGUCCACAGCCCUGCGAUAAAACAAACGAAAACUGUUCCAUGGGGAGAGACAUUGCUGUAAAAUCGCAAAACUUCACAUUAUAUGAAGAAAAGAACUGAAAGAUGUAAAUGUGUGUUCAAAUCAAGUGACAUUUUGCUUUUCUAAAUAACGCUGUGUUAGCCAAAGAGGAUAAUGAUCUCUUUGAAAGGAUUACAUUAGAGAUUAAUAUAUUUUUAUAUCUAUGGGGGAAAAAACAAGACCUUGUGCAACAUUUUUACAGAUUCUUAAAUCGUGGAAAUCUUUGGACACACCGCAUGGCUUUUAUUUUCAGAGUUUUCAACUUUGGGGAGAGAGGGCCAGUCUGCGGUGUAAGGGAGGGGAUCGGAGGGUUGGGGACUAAGACUUACAUGCAGUGAAACCAUUUCAUUUUCAAAAAUACAAAAAAAAACGAGAGAAACAUAUGAAACAUUUAAAAAAGAAUCAGCAGAUAGGUACAUGUAUGCAUUACGCAGGAAAAACGAUGUUACCGUUUCUCUAAAGUGAUGAAAAAAAUCAAGUGUUGCUUCAAUGGCGGUGCAGUGAAGCUCGAAAAGGCGUCACAUCAAACACCCAGAGCAUCUCAUCUUGUAUUGGCAAAAACAAAAAAGAAAAAUCACCUUAACGCUUCAGCAUGUUCAGUGCACCAAAAAAAGUUGAAAAUUGACAUAAUAUAAUGUAGCUGCACUUAUCAAUGUAAUCAAUUCUCACACAAUAAUCCAUAUAUUCACCAGUAUGUCAACACAACAAGCAAAUGUCUAUCAUUGUACGGUCUAGAUUUUUUUCGUUUUUGUUUAAUUUCCGCUCCACAUAUCUUCUGUAUUCCACCAUCAUAUCGUCGACACCUAAUUUUGCUCCUUUGCACAAGCACUAACCAACCAAGGGAUCUUAGCUUUGUCACUGAUGAAGGGAAACAAGUGUGUGACCGCACACACAUAUACACUUACACUUACACACAACACAUAUCAAAGUGUCUAAGCCUUCAACAAAAUUCCCAUUGUAUCAAAACUGUGAUACACCUUGAACUAACCCCUCUCAGCUUACACCACAUUAACAUCGCAACACAUUUUUCUUUCGCUAACGCUAACGCAACUUAUCCUGGAACUCAUCGGUGGUGUGCCCUAAAGGGGACAAACAUCCUAGACGUAAAGAUUGGUCCACUCUCUAAAUGAGCGAUGGGGUAGAUACAGUGACCAGGGCAACCCUGUAGUGCACCUGGUGACCAUAGGGAGGUUUUAGCAUCAUCCCUCUGGCUGAGUGUCCCAACGAACUCUUUAGCUACACCACUCCCCCAUCCCCUCAGAGAGCCAAUGACAAUGGCAGGAAACAAACAUAGGCUACUGCACCGCUUGAGCAACUACAAUAAUAAUCAUUAAAAAAAAAGACAAAAAAAAUAACAAACCUUUCCUAUGGAACAGUAAGUGCAAUGUGCUUCGUUUUUAUAUUGACUGAGAACAAAAAAUAUAUAUAUUUUUUAAAAAAGAAAUUAAACCUCACACUGAAAUGGUUUGCAGAAUAGUGAAAGGAUCUAAUGUAAUGAACAACAACAAAAUGAAAAAAGUGUUAACUAACAGAUUCAUUAGGAGAAUCAAACAAGCACCAAGCGCUCUGGUCUCUAAAAAUGUCCAUUAUCUCUUCCUCCGCCCCCUUAUCAGUGCUCUGACCAUGCAAGCUAAAACAAACAGCCAUCUAUGGUAGCGAAAAGAGCAAUUCUAAAAGACCGUGAAUGGAAUACUGUCUAAAAUUUCAUCGGUUUUAGCCCAUGUUGAUUUCAGAAUAUCGUUUUUCCUGUAAUUUAUUGAUUUACUUUACAUAUCAGAAUCACACGUUAACUUAGCGUAUUUGUGUUGUUGAUGUUGCCAUAGAGGACACACGUGGGUCGAAUAUUUUGUUUUGGUUCCUUUUAUUGGGUACGAUUUCUUGUAUUUGUUUCCAUUAUUUAUAAUUAGUUGCUGUUCUUACAGUGUAUGCAGGUUUUAGAAUUAGUUAGAAUUAUUUAUUUUCAAUCAAAAUGUGUUUAAUUGUGUUUGUAAAAGUCUGUGGUAGCUUUUGUUGCAACAUAAAUAAUUUAAACUGAAAAAAAUAUCAAUAUAGCGCCAAUGAACUUGUAUUAUUUGGGCGACUUUAAGCUUGUAGUUUUAACUUAUUGUUAACUUAAAAACUAUUUAUUAUCAUUAUUAUGAUUAUUAUUAUUGCCUCGUAUGAAAGUAUGUUUUGUGUAUAUUUAUGGUUUAUUUCAUUAUAUUUGCAAGUUUAAAUACUUUUCAUUUUGCCAAAAUGUGGUUACACCUUUUUGUUUUUCUUUAAAGGGAACAAAUAGAU